AUGGUCAAUCAGAAAGAAAUAGAAUCAUUUUGGGUUGCAAUGCAUCAUAAAUCACUUAACUUUACAUCUAUAUAUGCCUUGGAGAGGAUACUGUCUACCUCGCUAGGUCCAAAGGGAUUGGACAAGGUGAUUAUAGAUGCUCAGCUGAGGGAGACGACGAUAACAAAUGAUGGUGCGACUAUAUUGUCUUGCCUCCCUUUGGAACACCCUCUGGCUAUCAUUCUGAAACAGUUGGCACAGGCGAUUGAUACAAAGAUAGGUGAUGGUACAACAUCUGCAGUACUACUCGCUUGUAGAUUGAUUGCUUCAGCAGAUCGAUUGAUCUUGGUCAGUAAACUACAUCCAAACACCAUCAUCACUGGUUAUCAACUUGCAUUGGAUCAUUGCAACAUAUGGUUGGAGCGAGCAUCUCAGUCCAUUGCGACAUCUACAACAACGUCGACGACGACGACGGCAUGGCUCUCACAGAUCGCUUCAACUUCAAUGUCCUCAAAGAUCUUGGCAAACUACUCGUCGCAGUUCUCUGCAUUGUGUGUUCGCGCUACACACAUCAUUGGACAUGAUCAUCUUGUGCAUGAUAAUCUUGCGGCGGUCAAGUACCUCAAGAUACAGGCUGGUUCAAUCGCCGACUCUUAUCUCGUUCAUGGCACGGUCAUCAGUGGCCGCUUCGCAUCACCCAAGAUGAAGAAGCUAGUCACUGGCGCAAAUCUUGUACUCUUGGACUUUGAACUCGGCUACAUCUCAAACGACCUGAGUGGAGCCAACAUUGAUGUAUCAUUGAGUCUACAACUGCGCGAGUCAAUAGAGAAUGAGCAACGCGAGAUUGAAACCAGACAAGCACAACAGAUAAUAGACAACUUGAUGCGACUCAAAGCCAUUGGGGACAAUUCAAUCAUCAACCUCAAUGGAUACAUCGUCGUGUCCACCAAGCGAGUGUCAUCAGGUUGUCUCGCACUACUAAUGAAGCAUGGCAUCAAUGUGUUGACAUCGAUCAGUUCCCAGGACAUGGACAACGUGGUGAAAGUGUCCAAUGGCUUCCUUCUGCGCACACCUGCGCUCGAGACAAAGGAUCGCUACAGUGUAGUCGUCAGCCAAUGCCGCGAGUUUGUCGAGAAGGACGGACGAGUAUAUAUCGAGCUGAUCAAUGACACACCCGCCAACCAUCUCUGCACACUGGUAUUGCGAGGGCCCAAUAUGUACACAAUUGACGAGGUCCAGCGAUCACUGAACGACUCGCUGUCAGUGAUGGCGCUGGCCAUGGAGAGUCCUGUGAUCGUUGCAGGUGGUGGUGCCACCGAAGUUGGCCUAUGGUGUCACCUGCAGACAAUGGCCACUCAACAGCCCGAUAUCAAGUUGGCCAAGACCAUAUCAAUGUUUGCCGAAAGCCUUCUCUCCAUCCCCCUUCACCUAUUCCGCAAUGCAGGCUUUGACUCCUUGCAACUCCUGGCACAAGUCAAGGCACUGCAUCAGACUCAGGUAUCAUCAAACCCAUACCCAUAUCGUAAUCAUUGUAUCAACUUGUCCAAUGGACAGGUGGCCGACAUGGUGGAACUUGGAGUGAUCGAGUCACUGAGGUCCAAGAAACAACUGAUGGCAAUGGUCAUCAACACAGUAUCAAUGUUAAUCCGAGUUGAUCAAUGUCUGAUAGACAGUAGGGCACAGGAUAAUCAUUCG